AAUAUUGCGACGUCGCGUCGGUGAUGUUUGGAUCUGCGGUGAAGCGAGGAGCGUUGAUCGUCUUUGAAGGAUGUGAUCGAUGUGGAAAGACAACGCAGUGCAAAAAGCUGGUAGAUGUGCUGAAGAGCGAGGGCAAAAACGUCGAAUUCAUGAGAUUUCCAGAUGGAUCCACACACAUCGGAAAGAUGUGCAGGGAGUACCUGGAAUGCGGCAUAGAGCUGGAAGAUCACGCGAUACACCUCCUGUUCGCCGCCAACCGCUGGGAGGCUGCGCCGAAGAUGAGAGAGAAGCUGAUGAGUGGGACGACGCUGAUCGUUGAUCGAUACUCGUUCUCCGGUGAGCUGGGUGCCACGGCAAUGCACAAGUGA